AUGACUCUGAAAGCUGCCGCAAAAAGAAAAGUUGCCAGGACCAUCCGAAACCACAACAGACUUCUUACCGAUGUCCGUCUACAAACCCUACGAGACCUAGGGAAAGUAAUGAGUGUUGUCUCACAGGAAAAAGCUUCAUCUCACUUCAUGAGAGAUGGAGAGUACACGACAUUUGCUGACUGGUGCUUCAUACACCGAGCAAGAUUGAACUUGCUUCCUCUGAAUGGAGCCAACCCACGACCAAAUGCAAACAAGCCCUGCCUUCGAUGUGCUUGGCAAAACGAAACAUUGCCACAUAUCAUGUGCCAUUGCAUAACAUAUUCUGAUGCCUAUAGAAGACGUCACAAUGCACUAGUGGACAGUCAAGAUAAUUGCCUUAGGACGCCACUGGAAAGUAAUAUCAGAAAAUCAGUGUGUCCCAAGAGCAGUGUCCUCAAACCCGACCUCGUCAUCGAGAAGAACAACAAACUACUGAUCAUCGACGUCACCUGCUCCUUUGAGAGUAUGGGGGAUGCCUUCGCAGAUGCACGGACCGAGAAGGAAACGAAGUACGCCGAUCUUGCUGUGGAGAUGAGGGCGUUGCCGCGGUACAACAGAGUGACCGUCCACGCCUUCAUAGUUGGACUACUAGGAUCGUACGACCCACUCAACGAGCAACUGAUGAAGAGUGGCGUCGAAGAAGUACUUCGCAACCUUCAGAAAGCUGUGUGUGUGAGCGAUGUGAUAAGAUGGUCGAGGAUGCGGUACAUCGAGCACAUCACCGGAGCUCGACAAUAUGAAUAA